GACUGUCAUUCGCAUUCCAUCGUUGUUCGCAUAAAGUCGCGCUUGACACCGUCGCUCCACAAAUUAAAAGUUAUUAUAUUUUGUAUUCAUCAUCUGUAUUUGGGUGUGGUGUGCUUGUGGCUGUUAAAAUCAUCUAUUGUUUGUGAAAUUAACUUGAUUUUUUUUUCCACUUUUUUCAAGUGCAAUAAUCUCUUAAAAAAUGAUGAAUGCUAUAUGUUUGUCAAUAUUACUAACAUUGUUAUGCCCGUCGUUUAGUGAUGCGCAAAGAACACCAACUAUAUCCUACAUCACACAGGAGCAAAUCAAAGACAUUGGUGGCACUGUCGAAUUCGAUUGUUCCGUUCAGUAUGCUAAAGAAUACUCUGUUGUUUGGAUAAAAAUGGACAGCGAACCCGUUUUUCUAUCAACGGGCAGUACUCUAGUCAUAAAAGAUUCACGCUUUGCUCUCCGAUACGAUCCCAACUCGUCCACUUACAAAUUACAAGUUAAAGACAUCCAAGAAACGGACGCGGGAACAUAUCAGUGUCAGGUAGUCAUUUCGGUGGUACAUCGAGUUACGGCUGGUGUUAAGCUGUCCGUGAGGAGGCCACCUGUUAUUUCUGAUAAUUCGACCCAAUCAAUUGUGGCUUCGGAAGGCAAUGAAGUGCAAAUGGAGUGUUAUGCUGGUGGCUAUCCAACCCCAACGAUAACCUGGCGUCGCGAGAAUAACGCCAUCUUACCAACAGAUAGCGCAACUUACACCGGAAAUAUUCUAAAAAUAAACUCUGUUAAAAAAGAAGACCGUGGAACUUAUUAUUGCGUAGCUGACAAUGGUGUAAGCAAGGGUGAUCGUCGUAAUAUCAACGUGGAAGUUGAAUUUGCCCCAGUAAUAACUGUCCCACGUCCAAGACUUGGCCAGGCUCUUCAAUACGAUAUGGACUUGGAAUGUCACAUUGAAGCUUAUCCACCACCAGCCAUUGUUUGGUUGAAGGAUGAUAUUCAACUUUCAAACAAUCAACAUUACAGCAUCUCACAUUUUGCCACUGCUGAUGAAUUCACAGAUUCAACAUUGCGAGUAAUAACCAUUGAAAAGCGACAAUAUGGCGAUUAUGUGUGUAAAGCUGUUAACAAGCUAGGACAAGCCGAUGCUAAAGUAAAUCUAUUCGAAACAGUCAUUCCAGUUUGUCCACCGGCUUGCGGUCAGGCAUAUUAUGGCGGUGCUGUUCAUUUAACAGACACAACAUUUGCUACUAUAGGCAUCUUGUUGGCAGCUCUAUUUGCUAGAUAAAUAACGAAGUUAUAUCCUGCUUAAAUAUUGUUUUUUAUAUUUUAAUUUUGUUUGCAGCUUAAAUUAUUUUUGUUUUCAAAAAUGCUUGGUGGACAACAUCAAUUUAAUUGCUUUCUCAAACAUUCCCGUCCACUUUAAGUAUGUAAUUUGAUUUUUUUUUUAUAAUUUUUUUUUUAAUUAAUAUUACAUUCCAAUUAAUCCCGUCCAUAUACCCUCGAUACGAAUUUUUCGAAUAACAUAUAUUUCUUUUAAGAAUCUCAAGUAUGUAGGUAUAUUCCAACUUUUUCACACUUUUGUGUGUGUUUUAAGUUAUUUUUUUUUUAAAUUAUAUUUAACGAACCAAUCAAAGUUGUGAGACUCGAUAUUGCAAUUUAUUUUACAUCACAGUAAAAAAUGAAAAUUUAUACAAAAUCAAAUAAAUUAAAGUAAUAAAUUGAGUAAUGUAAUAUGUAUUAGUUUUAAGUAGUCUACUUUUAUUUAAGAUAAAAAAAUUAAAUUUUCAAAAAUUAAAAAUCUGUGUUUCAACACAUAUCACAAUACAAUAAGAAUGUAAUAUGUAUCCAAGUAUAUUGUAUACAUAAAAAUCCAAAUGUAGCCUUCUUUUAAAUAAUGAAUGAUUCUGUUAUUCAGAAGUAGUGCAUUAUUAAAAUAUAUUGACAUGUACAAUAUUUAUACAACAUUUAUUAAAUACAAAAAAAUUUGGCCUUAUAAUUGAAAAAAAUAAAUAUACACAUUUUAUAGACGCGUAUACCGUAUACAACUUUUU